GUCUUUGCCGACAGCAGCAGCCUUUGGCUUGCUCUCCCUGUGCCGGGCACUUCGCCUCAGCCGUCCGCCGGUGCCACGGCUUCGCUGGCGUGCAGUGCGCCUUGCGAGGAAGGAGUCUACACAAUCCUCCGGCAAGAGUGGAGCUGCCAGCCGUUCCUUUGCAGGAGCCAAAGAAACACCGCGGGUCCGGAGAAGGAGACAGAGGCGGCAGCGGCCCAAAGUGCUUCGUAAACCCGAGCUGGAUCCGAAUGAGGUGCCCGAGGUGCAGCCCGCCAUCAUCGUGGAUGAGGUGUCCUGGACCCCGGCGGUGAAAGGAGCCGGCGAGAAGGGGCGGUACUCAACCAAACCGGUCCUCGAGUCCGUGAGUUGGAGCGUGUGCCGGAAGCAGAAGAUUGGGUUGAUUGGACCCAAUGGUUGUGGGAAAAGCUCGCAGCUUCUGAUGCUUCUGGGGCAAAUUGAGCCGACUGGUGGCAGGAUCAUGAAGCACCCCGCAAACAUGAAGAUUGCCUACAUGCAGCAAGAGGCCGACUUGGAUAACGGCAAAACUACCUUCGAGGAGUUGCUGUCGGUCUUCGGCGACCGAGCACUUGCAGAUGUUGACUCAGCCAUCAAGGAGGCGACAGCGGACGCCAGGCUGGAGCAGCUGGACGAGCUGGUGGAGGAGCGAAACCUCACCGAGAAGCAUCUCGGGGAGGUCGAGGACCUGAUACUGCAGUUGGAUCUUGUUUCCUACCGCAAAACUCUGGCGCGGGAUAUGUCUGGAGGAUGGCAGAUGCGAGUUGCGCUUGGGAAAAUCAUCCUUUCCCGGCCAGAUUUGAUUCUCCUCGACGAGCCAACGAAUCACAUAGACCUGGAAACGGUGGAGUUCAUGGAGGAGUUGCUGAGAGCGCAAGAUGUGGCGAUGGUCAUCGUGUCCCAUGACCGAUACUUCCUGAACCAGGUGUGCAAUCGUAUAGUUGAGAUUGCAGACGGUGAGUCAAAGACCUACUUUGGAAACUAUGUGGAGUACUUGCAAGCCCGGGAUGGUGCCUUUUACAGUGAGUGGCAAGAGUACAACUUGCACAGAGACCGGGUGCUCGCCUUGAAGAAACGCAUCAAGAAGCUGCAGCAACGAUUUCUCAUGGACACUCUGAAGCAGAAGAAGCAGGACUUAGAGAAGCUCCUUGCAAAUGCCCCGCCCAAGCCAGAGGUCAAGGUGGUCAAGAAUUUCCGCUUCCCUUGCUCCUUGUCGGUGGCCUCCAUGGAUGACGAAGCCUCCACAAAGGAAUCUUCUGUCGACGAGGAACCAUCAGAGGACGUGGACGACGUGUGGGGUUCAGAAGUCGAGCCGCUGCCGCUUCUUGAGGUGGAGAACUUGAAUGUCGCCUUCCCGGAGAAGGAAAUUCUGAAGAACAUCAGCUUCACUCUGCGCCAGGGUGAAAAGGUGGCAGUGGUCGGACCGAACGGAUGUGGUAAGAGUACCCUCGUGAAGGCUUUGGUGAAUGACCUUGACAAGUCCGGUCGUGUCGAAGGGCAAGCCUCCAUAACGUCGGCUGGCUCUGCCUACUUUCCGCAAAGACUUGCCGAAGCGUUUAACACCGAGGAGGGCUCGGUCCAGGAUGCGCUGUACAUGUCAUGCACAUCCAUGGACGUGGAACGAGCCGGUGGCAUUGAAGCUGUCCUGGACCGUUUACGGCUCAAUGGCAUUACGGCGAAGCAGCCGGUCUCCAGCCUUAGUGGCGGUGAGAAGGCACGCCUGGCCUUUGCCAAGUUCUUGCUGAAGCCGGUGGCCUUGCUGGUUCUCGACGAGCCAACCAACCACCUGGACAUUCCGACAAGGGAGCUCCUGGAAGAUGCCCUGAAGUCCUUCGAAGGCGCGGCGCUGGUGGUUAGCCACGAUCGCUUCUUCCUGCGCGAGUUUUCCACCCGGGUCUUGGAAGUUUCGAACGGCAACAUUAUCGACCACCCGAGCUGGGACGACUACCAGGCAUGCUGGGCAAGAAGUUGCCUUAUGCGUUUUGCCCUGGAGCCCCAGAUCAUCUAA